AUGCUUGCGCGGAGAGCUGCCUUAGGAUGUCUUCAUCAAGGGUUAGGGCACAGUCAGUAUGAGGGCCUGAUGGCAGCAAUGAAUAUAAAACCUGUGUCGGAAAACACGAUGAAACAAGCUGAAAGAGAAGUGGGAAUUCUAAUCGAAGAAACAGCAAAAGAAAGCUGUGAAAAAUGGAGGAGAGAGGAAAAACGUAGAGGAGAAGGUGAAGGGUUAAGAGGUUCGUUUGACGCAGGGUGGCAAAAGCAAGGGCGCGCUCGUAACUCAAGGACGGGUCAUGGCACCAUGGUGGGAUUGGAAACGGGGAAAUGCCUCGAUUACGGGACAAAAAAUACGUACUGCAGGAAAUGCCUUGAGGCGGAAAAAAGAGGAGUUCAACCUAAACCGCAUGACUGUCGGCUCAACCAUACCGGUUCUGCUAAAGCAAUGGAAGCAUCAAUUGCCGUUGAUCUAUGUCAUAAAGAAAAGUACCAGGUUUUAAUAGGCGAUGAUGACUCCACAGUUAUUGCAAGAGUGCGUGAGGAGGUUGACAGUAAUUUAGAGAAGUGGUCGGAUGUAAAUCAUGCAACUUGUACUUUGACGAAAGGUUUGUUCGAGGGGAAGGGAAUGGACUUCGGUCCGGACAAUGACAGAAUCAAUGACAGCAUCAUUGAUCACAUAAAAACGUGUUUUUCUUAUGCUCUUCACCAGAACAAAAACAAUGUUGCUGGCAUUAUUGAGGGAAUUGGGGCUAUUGUCCCGCACAGCUUUGGGGAUCACAGUAAGUGCGGACUCUGGUGUAAACAUAGCAAGGACCCAGAAGGCUAUCGGCACUCAACUCUCCCAGGAGGAAGGAACUUGCGCGGUGAAAAAUUAAGGAAAUUUCUCAACAGCUUGCUGCAGCCUUUUAUUCGGGAAGACGUUGCAAAGAAACUGGCCCCCCUUGGAUCGACACAGCGUAAUGAAUGCAUCAAUAGCGUCGUGGGAACAAAGAACCCAAAGAAAAGAUUUUACGGAGGAUCAGAGAGCAGCGACUACCGUGUGUCAGCAGCAGUUGCGCAGUUUAAUGAAGGACAUGAAUAUCUGAAGGCUGUGGAAAAGAAAAUUGGCUGCGUGGAAGGAAAAACGCUGAAUGUUUACGUUACCAAAAUGCAACGGAAAAGGAAGCAAUCUGCAGACAGAAAACAAGAAGGUAGCGCUAAAAAGAGGAGGAGAGAACUGAAAAGAAAAAGAAAACACAAUCAAAAGAACCGAGAAAGAAGGGAGGGAACAACUUACUGUUCAGGUAAAAUUUCCCCUUGUAUUUUUUAUUUAUUAAUUAAUUAUUAAUUAAUCAAUUAAUUGAUAUUUCAAUUUGCAUGCAAUGUUCUGCUUCUUUGAUCUUUCACAAUUAAGAAUGUAAAAGAUAACUAGUCUUAAAAUUUCUCAUAGGAAUUGGCUUUGGAGCAGUAACCCAAGAGGAAUUGAACGCCAUGAGUGUGAGUGGUGAGGAUGUUAAAGUCGAGAAGCAUCUUAAAGACAACAAUACCCAGCCCGUUAAGAAACCUAGUAAGCCGGUGAACAAUCGGAGAAAACCUGAUGACUACGUUGUGCUGAUCUACGACCUGGAAACAACUGGAUUCAAGAAAGACGCAGAGAUUACCCAGUUGGCUUGCAUUGAUCUGAAGGGAGAAAGGGAGUAUUCCACUUACAUUUUGCCAAAGAGGACUAUCGACCCUGGUGCCUCAAAGACGACUGGCCUCUCUAUUGGGUACUUGCAAGGAGUUCGCUGUCUGUGCAAGGAUGGAAAAGCUGUAGAGGCACCUGACAGAGGGACGGCAUUAAACGGUUUCAUUCAGUUCCUGAAAAGCCUAGGAAACAAGCCCAAGUUACUAAUUGCUCACAAUGGCCAGUCCUUUGAUGCACCACGCCUGGUUGGUAACAUUGAGGAACAACAGAUUGCGCAUGAAUUUAACAACGACAUCUUUUUUGCAGAUUCUCUGAUAGCUAGUAGAAAACAAUUUAAAAGAAAAGAGAGACUGAAGCUGCAAGACAUUUAUUUCGAAGCCUUCAAAGAAGAGUUUACCGCCCAUGAUGCCUUGGAGGAUUGCAGAGCACUUCGAGCUGUCCUUAUCAACCAUGGUAAACCACUUCAGGAGCUUGUAUACCAAACUGCAACGCCCUUCUCGCAUUAUUCUGCCACACGCCAAUAUCAAGCCCGACUUAAGUCAGUUAAAGAAACCUACAAAGGACGCCUUUCUUCAACGCGAGUAAUAAACCGUCUUAGCAACUUUGGCAUCACGUUUACAUUACUAAGGGACAUUUAUGUUUCUUGUGGAAGGGACGCCUUGAUCUGUUUCAUCGCAGGGAAAUGCAAAGGACGCGUCCGCGUAACCAAAGACAUCGGCGAUUUAUGUGAAAUUUUGAAGGCACUUUGUUGA